AACACUUUAUUGUAUUUAAAUACUGUUAGGAAUAAGUGCAAAGAGAGGAGAAGUCGUUACAUCACGUUUACCACCUUACAUCAGGCUGAACAUCAGUUGACGAUGGGAAAGAGCACGGAAAGGACUAAUCACGAAUUCUGGUGCCCAAUUAGCUGCUCUGCCAUUGGUUAAGCCAGUUGUUUAAUUUGCGCACGUUGUCGUCAACUGACGUUCCCAUUCUGUUACUAAAUCAGCUUAAUUGAACCAUAAACUCAUCUGUGAAGUGAGGCUCACGGACAAAUGUUUUUUAUCUCGAUUUUUGCUCUCAUUUAUUUGAAGGUUCUGGCCCAAAUUGCCUCAUUGUUCCCGGUAAAUACUUUUGCUGCCGAAAGUAAUCACCGAAAGCAUUUUGGUGAUUUCCAAAAUGGCCACAAAAACAGUCAAAACAACACCAAUCAAGUUUCUCACUUAAUUAUGUCAUUACAUUGCAGACACCAAGAGAUAUUUUCAUAGAAAUAUUGGCCCUUUGAGAUUGCAGACCGCUAUGAUCCACGUGUGAUCCACAUGCUGCACGCCUUAGUACAAUGGCACUCACCUCGCGAGAACUAGAUUCUCUAGUUAGGGGUGGGGGGGGGGGGUAGUACUUCCUUAUGAGAGUCCAAUGGGGAUGUGCCGCUGGAUGGGGUCACAUUUUCAUGACUGGAUUGACUAUAAUGGGGUCGCAUUUUCAAUAGAGUUACUAGAAUGGGGUCGCACAUUUUCGGAUUUUUGGGGUCAGAAAGUUCUUCUUAAUUACGGUUAGCAAACAUACCAUCAAUGUUUGCACUGAAGAUGAAAAGUAAAGCAGCGUGCAAAGAAAAUAGUGUCCGAUAGCGGGGUACUAGUGGAUUUUGCUAUCAGGCUAGUGAAUACUGACAGGCAAAUGAAGUUUUCUGAGGCAUUCAAAUUACAGAAAUACUGGUACCUUGCUUCCUUGAUUUUUGGGUUCUUGUUAGUCAUUCCAUGUGGUUUUCUGAUCAGUACAGUUUAAUAUGACAUACCCCCUUAAUUUCUCCAGUACCUCUGUCUUCAUAAGAUGGGUUCUGUUGCUCCUCAAAAUCCUGGUGUUAACACUCAACUGUAGUUUCUAUUAAAUGAUCUUCUUGACGAAAUCGGCUGUUGUUUAUGUAUUUUUCCAAAUAAUUUGCAGGCCACAUUCUUUGGUGGUUUGAGUCCUGAAGUCAGAGGAGAAGCAUGGAAAUUCCUGUUACAGUACUUUCCAUUUAGUUCCACGACUCGGCUAAGAGAAGUGCUUCGAAAGACGAAAGAAGAAGAGUAUAUGAAAAUAGAUCACAUGAGGUGAAGCGAGUUUAAAAAUAUACUAACUUGAAACUCCAAUUCCUGAACUGCCUCACAUAUCUUCACAAGUUGAUGGCCUUUUUUAGCUAUUUGCCUGUGGGUAGAGCAGACACUUAUUUGGAUGACAACGCCCUCCACCUCUGCAAGGGGAGUGCAUCUGACUUAGAAAACAAUGUCUGCUCCCUUACUGUUGAAAAUAGCAUGACCUCAUAAACACAAACAAACCUUAUCAGUGUAUGCUUUCUAGGCUUUUGUACAUUAUGCUUUUGCUUCCCUACUAAAAUGCUCCACCUUAAUGCUCCAUUUUUCCCACUAAAAUGCUCGGUCUCCCCAAAAAAGUCACUAAAAUGCUCGGAUAAUGCUCAUUAUACAAACGGUUUUUUUUAAAAUUAAUUUCAAAGUUUACACUUACAAAAACGUGCAAGUGUUGCAAGUAACAACGACAACGUGUACAAGUUCAUAAAUACAGCCAAAAAAACAGCUGUAUUAGGUUUUUUGUGAAUUUUGAGUUUUAGUCUUCAUUUUGUUUAAAAAAGCGGGAGCUCAUGGGGCAUGGGCUCCUGAAAAAAGUUAAUUUCUAUUUUAUUUUCUCGAAAAAAUUAAUUUCCAGGGAAAAUGCCACUAAAAUGCUCGAAUAAUGCUCAAUGCUUUUGCCUCACUAAAAUGCUCAAAAAAAUGCUAGCAUAAUGUACAAAAGCCUAAUGCUUUCAGUACUUGUUGUUUAAUACGUUGCUUUAAAACUGACUUUCUUUGCAACCUUUUGUUAUCAUUUGUAAACCUGAGUGCAGCUAGUACUGUAGUGCCUUAUGAUUUACAGUUAACCUAUUAAGUCCCAAUGGUGACCAACAACAAUUUUCUCCUAACAAUAUCCAUACAUUGCCAAGAGAUUAGGUUAUGAGAAUUAAUAAAAUGAUCACCUAAGAAGAAGUGGUUUGAUCUUUUAUCAAAUUCUGCCUACUCAUUCUUUAAAGAAAUAUAUAGAGAUCAGUUUGGAGAAUUUGUAUGUGGAUAUUGUGGCUUAAAGGGUUAAAGCACUCCUAAACAUUUUUCACAUGAAGUGGCCACUUAUAAAAAUUCAUAACUAUUUUGCGUUGACUAAGGACACAUUUUUCAUUUAUUGUUUUAUUUUUAUUUUAUUUUUAUUUUAUUUCAUUUGUUAUUCCAAAUUACAACAACAUUACAAUUACAAUUACAUUAUUAUUAUCACAAACCAGACAUGCACAAACAGACUACACACCUAAGCACACAUGCAAUUCCACAAUCACACACAAGGUAUGCCUACUGUUAUAUUACAAGUGCUAUUCAAGAAAGAAGAAACUAAUCAUUUUUGUAAAAGAAGACAAUGAACCAGAUUACAAAGUCCAUUUUUCCAUUAAUUUUUGUAAACUCUUAUUCUUAGUGGAAAUAUAUUUUUCUAUUUCAUAUUUACCGUUUACUCUAACUAUAAAACUGGAGAAUUUGUUUUUGGAUAUUGUGGCUUAAAGGGUUAAAGCACUCCUAAACAUUUUUUACAGGAAGUGGCCACUUAUAAAAAUUCAUAACUAUUUUGCUUUGACUAAGGACACAUUUACAUUUUGCAAAGCUGGUCUCCAUGAGAGGGUCUGAGUUUGAUGUAACUGCAGGUGGUCAUGGGUGAACAGCUAUACGUAAGAUGAGAUUGUGUUACCAGUACCUGUUGCUGUGGUAACAAAAGUUGUUCAUUAUUUAUAUUAUUUGCUUUGUAGACAAAACAAAAGUGAAGAGGAACAACACAAAUUUUGGAAAGCUGUCCAGUGUACUGUCGAUAAAGAUGUUGUGCGCACUGACAGAUCACAUCCUUACUUCUCAGGGGACAAUAAUCCCAAUGUGGCCAUAAUGAGGUAUUAAUAUUGGAGUGUGUUAAGUAAGAACUGUCAGGGCUAAGACCUUGAGGUCAUGGGCCAGUACACAGUAAAAAUGAACAAUGUUGCAAGAAGUCAUAUUUGCACUAUUUUUCAUGACAAGACCAAUAACAUUCAUUCAGCAAGUAUUGGCAUUUAUUGGAGACUUAACAGAUUCAGACACUUUCAAAGCAUUGCCUUUAAGAAGAAUGAUAGUUAGAUUCAGAAAUGAAAGGUAACUGACUCAAAAUACUAUACACCAAUUAAAACCCUGGGCUGCACUGAGAAGAGAAAUAAUGAGAAUUUUAACAGUUGGUUUGAUUGAUUUUGCUGCAGUUAUUGUAAAUUGAUAAAUACAAUUCAGUUUUAAGUGGUUUCAAUCUAGUUUUACUUUGAAAUUGCAUGUAUAUGUUUCUGAUUUAUGAUCUUGAACACAAAACUAAAACUGCUGCCCCACUAUUAAAUCAAGCAUUCAGUUGGCCAUUCCCCAGGGUUUGACAAUAAAAGACUUGGCAUUAAUUGAUUUCAUUGUUAUCUUGUCUCUGACAGGAAUAUUCUUUUAAAUUAUGCUACAUACAAUUAUGUAGUUGGCUACAAUCAGGGCAUGUCUGAUCUCUUGGCAUCUGUACUAGCAAUAGUACAAGAUGAAGUUGAUGCUUUCUGGUGUUUCGUCAGUUUAAUGGAAGGAAGUGUAUUUGUGACAUCGCCAAAGGAUGAUGUUAUGGAUCGACAGCUGGUAAGUUCACAGGGGUACACAUAGCUUUUAAAAUAAGCACAGAAUACAGGUAAACAGUUCAUAGGCAGGUGUGCCAGAAUGUUUUUAGUGGUUCCUUUCAAGAGUAAAGCCACAGGGGUGUCUUUUAGGAACAAGUCUGUUACACUCAGUAGACUCUCAGUGGCGGAUCCAGACCGUCAGAUAAGGGGAGGCCUACUCUACCAGGCCCUGAGAUAACGGUUGGGGGGGGCAGUCUCAAAAAAAAUUUUUUCAGCCCUUGGGACCUCAGUUUGGUCUAAAAAUAAGGGGGAGCCACUGACAUUAUCAUAUGUCCGUAGAAAAUGUAUUGACAGUACGAGUGUACAUGUUGUCAAUAGCAAAGCCUCAACAUUACACACAUUCUUAGCAAAUGUAUAGAGAAAGGUAACUGCGACCUCUUUAUGGUCACAAAGGACAAGUAUUGGGGAUUUAUGAAAAUUUACUUACUUAGGCCCCAUUUAUAUGGAGAAAAGUUGUCCCUCCCAGCCAAAUCAACUGUAGCAAGCAUUUAUAUGAGAAAAAAAAACAAAACUGAACUUCUUGUCAUAUCAUCUUUACACGGUGCUCCACCUCCAUUGUCACAUAUUCAUGUUUGUAAUGAGAGAGCACUGGCUUCACCAAGAGUAGGUAACAUUGGAGUUCUCUUCGACAAAAUUAAUCUUUGAGUAUGAGUUCCUGACAGUAAUGUGCAAAUUGGCAUUCUGUCAUCCCCGUAAAAUUAGGCUCAUUCGUACACAUCUCACCUUUGAUGCAGCCCAGCUUCUUGUUCAAGCUCUUUUUAUAUCAAAGCCUGACCACUGUAAUUCAUUACUACAUUGUUUACCUAAGCACGUGAUUAAACAGCUCCAACGUGUGCAGAAUGCAGCUGCUCGUGUUGUUACUCUUUCACCCAAGUUCUGUCAUAUUACACCUGUUCUUGCGAAUCUCCACUUGCUCCUGAUUGAUCUUCGGAUUAAAUGUAAAAUAGUUACUGUUACUUGCAAGACUCUCCAUGGACUUGCUCUUGUUUAUAUUAAAGGUCUUCUUCAAAGUUACCUCCCAGCAGGGGAUCUUAGGUCUUCAAAGAAAAAUCUACUUGCUGUACCUGCUUUUAUAACAUAAACAGUUAUGGCCGUCAUUCUUUUUCUGUUUCUGCACCACUUCUUUGGAACAGUCUUCCUCAGCAUAUUAGGGAUGCUGGAUCACUGGACAUUAAAUUAGAUCCAGCAUCCCUAAUAUGCUGAGGAAGUACAGUUGAAAACUGCUCUUUUGAGACUCACUUUUUUAAAUUGAUGACUUGACUGUGGUGUUUUUAUAUCUUAAGUUAUUUUAUCUUUAGUUUUUUUAGUUUUUAAGUUUUAACUUUUACUGUAUUUUUUUAAACUUAUAAAUAGCACCUUCGGACCCUGGGAAAGGGCGCUUUAUUAUUAUUACCAUCAUCAUCAUUAUAUUUAUCAUUAUUAGUUGGCCUUACUGGGAAUGACUCUUUCAUGGGAGAAGGGUGAGCCAGCAAGGAGGAUCACCCUACCAGCCGAGCCAACUGUUUGUUUCUCGUUUAAACAGUUUGCCUGCUGAGUAACAUUUUGACUUUUUUUCAGACGUAUUUUCGUGAGUUGCUUCGCAUGCUGGAACCAGAUUUCUACGCGCACCUGCUGCUCCAAGACGCCGCUAUGGACAUGCUAUUUUGCCAUCGAUGGCUUCUUCUCUCAUUCAAACGAGAAUUCUUUAACGAAGAAGUGUUAAAAAUGUGGGAAGCAUGUUGGUCUCGCUAUCAAACUGACUAUUUCCAUAUCUUCUUGUGUGUUGCCAUGGUGCAAGUGUAUGGCAAAGUAAUUGUGGAGAUGGACAUGCAAGCUGACGAUAUUUUGCAGUAUUUUACAGAUCUAUCAAUGAAAAUGGACGGGACGAAAGUCCUGCGAAUUGCUCGUCAGCUUCUGUUGAAAUUCCGCCAGUUGCCUGGGAUACCGUGCUCCCUUCGGGGACUUCUGUCUGGACCAGGGAUCUGGGACAGUGCUCCUUUACCUGUUAUUCAGUGUAGCUGCCACAAUAGAUGCUUGUACUUGUUUGGCGAUAAAUCGGAACAAGAACUUGAGGAAAGAGAACUAGUUUCAGAAAAUGAACAACAAGUGUCUGUGGAAGCAGAGGAACAACCUGAACAACUAGUUCGUGACAACGAUAAUGUAGAGGAAGUUUCUGUAGAGUCACAGAAUCAAGUUCAUGUAUGCCAAAAGGACGAUACAUCAGAGUUAGAAUCGUGUGACCAAGACAAUAGCAAUUUCGGUUACAAUGGAUCCAUUAUAGCACGGAGAGAGGAAGACAUUAAUUUAACGCGUGGUGUUGCCGAAGGUGCUGAUUCAAACGCUGAUCAAAACCAGUUUGAAGAGCCGGCUCCUGAGGAAGAAAAAGAAGAAAUUAGCAAUCCAUGACCAAUCGUGCCAUAGUCCCGGUUCUCGAGAACGCCAAUAACACUUCCGGCCCUUAGUUAUAGUUUGUUUUUUUAGCUCAUAUUUGUGUUUGGAAUAGAUAGUCGACUUUUCCUUUAUUUCUUGGCAUUUAAAAAUCAUCGGUUAAAAGCCUCUUGACAUAACGGAAAACUUGCUCAGGACAUGCGACGGAAUUACCCCCCGAUUCGUUCCCUUUUCAUCCGAUUGGUUUGUCUUGGUAGUAGCUGUGAGCUAUACAGCUGAUUCGAGAAAGACUGACGGACUUUGACUUGAGGAAACCAAAAGAGUACGCGCUAUUAUGAAAGGUAUCCUGAGCUGUGGUCUGUCCACCAUUGAUUGAGCUCUUCAGAGGAGGAAAAGAUAGAGGAAAGGAAAAAAUAUACCAUAAACAAGAUCAAAGGUUUGCAAUCUAGAUACGUCGCGGGUGUGAAAAUUUAUUCUGACGGGUCGUGUAGACUUUUGGCUUUUAUAUGACAGCCUUUCUUGAAUCAGCGGUUCAUAUCACUCAGUAGAACACGUCGACUAAAUUUUAGUCAAAGCGCGAGAGGACAGUAUCGAUUAUUUUGUGAAAAACCAAACCUUACUAUCAUUUCUAUAUAUCCAAUAUCCUACGGUUUUUGUCUCGAAUAUGGAAUCUCGGUAUUUGCUAACCCUUUGUGACAUUGUUCACUAAACUGACCUUGCCCCCCCUCCCUCCCCGCCUCUUAGAGGGUGUGGUCUGUAGUUCCUAAUGGCGACUGUCAUUCGUUCCCAGUCGCUCCUGGGCCUGUAAAAUUGGUUGAGAUUUACAAUCAUAUUUAGAAAUAGUCUGCAAGAGCCAGCUGGGCAGGUACUUAAUAUCGAGUCUUAAGACUCGAUAUCUUUUUCACCGCGUGGAACGUGAUGACAG